GUCAUUUCCUUAUUGUACCUUUUUCCCUCUUCAGUCUUCCUUCGGUACAGUCUGAGCUGCGUUGCGCUAUUAGCCUUCCUAGCAUAUGUGCGUUUUUUACAUUAUUGCGAUCACGGAUUUUAUCGUAUUAUUUGUGAGAAUGGAUUCUCUUUAGCAGUAAGAUGUCCAGGAAAAGUGACGCAGGAGAGGAUAUGAGCUGCAGCAACUGGCUGGGUUGUGAGCCUGACACCCCAGACCCUUUUGACCAGGCCUGUCUUUUGGGCAAAAGGAACUUCCUUUUUGACCAUGCCGAAGAUCACGGCAACUUCGGUUCACCAGGCAUCAUUGUCCCGGAAACUCCCAGUCCGGAAUACUGCGGAAGGAGACGUAGGAUCAGGAUCCCGGCGCGGCGGGAAAACGGUGCGGAAUUCCACGCGCGGGACGCAGCCGGCACCGGCCCGGCAGGAAGUGAGGUCGCCGGGGAGGAGGGGGCGUGCCCCGACGACGUCGGCGCGGCGCCGUCGCGGCACAGGCCGAAGCGGCGGAAGCUGUGCCUCCUGGCCGCUGGUUCGAGGGCGGGCGCGGUGACGGGCGGCGGCGGCGGCUUCGUCCCCGCCUCCUCCCUGAUGGCGGCGGUAUCCGCCGAGUCGGCGCGGCUCCAGGCCGGCUCCUCCUCUUCCUCCUCCUCCUCCUCUUCCUCGUCCCGCGAGCGGGCCGCCGACGGGGAUUCUGGGAAACGCGCGCUGGAUCGCGGGGAACGGGCGGUACGCCGGAAGAGGAAGCCCGGAGAGGCGGGGCCGUCCGAACUCUCCGGAAGGGGCGGGGUUAACGCCCAGCCCGGCGAGGAGGCUGCGGCCGGCCGGCUGUCCAACGACGCGGAGCGGGCGCGCUCAUUCCGGUUCGACUGGGACAGCCACCACCCUACCGGCGCAGUCAAGGGGGAGGAGCACAUCGUCAUCAGCGACGAGGACGAUGACGUCACCGCGGCCGUGGUUCGCUCGGCUCAGGUGGAGGAAGAUGAGGCUUUCGCGCGAAGCCUGCAGGCACAGUUUGACAGGGAGGAGCGGGAGGUGGAGCAGAGGAGACAGCAGGCCAGGCCCACCGGCAGUCCCACCCACUCAAAUGGCCACCCAUGUGAGUACCAUGGAGGGUGGAGUUUGAUGUCCUCUCUCACCUCCAUGAUGGACUCCAACGCAUCGUUCCUGUACAGUUUCCCAGAGACGUCCGCUCUGACAGACAGCAGGUCGGGUAGACACGGCGGGGGCCGCGCCCAAUCACAGCGCUCCCGCGGACGCCCCCGUCGCCAGGCCCUCUCCUCGCUCGACGACAGCCAGGGGAACAACUACGAGGCGCUGCUGGCUUUCGAGGAGAGGCAGGGGCCGGCCGUCGCCAAGAACUGCCUGAGCCAGAGAGAGAUCCAGCGGCUGCCGACCAAAACCUUCAACCCCGCCUACUGCGCCGGAAAGACCGACUGCCAGAUCUGCUUCUCUAGCUACACGGACGGCGAAGAGCUGAGGAUGCUCCCCUGUCUCCAUGACUACCACGUGCAGUGCAUCGAUCGCUGGUUAAAGGAGAGCUCCACCUGUCCCAUUUGCAGAGUCGAUGUGUCUGAAGGCGGCUGUCUAAAGGAGACACUGUGACCUCACAAUAGCCCCCCUCUUCCGUGUCACAAUGUGGCACUGUGACACGGGGUCCAGCAGGAGGUAGGGGGGGCGGAGAAAGAACUGCGGGUGGCAGCGGCUGAUUGGAUGCA